CAUGGCCGACAAAUCCCAAUUCGAACCCGGCCACAUGCCCGAGAACCAAUUCCAAGACCCACCAGGCCACCAACACAAACUCGACCCAGCCCCCGCAACGAACCAAGUCCCCACCCCCGACGGAAAAUACCAACUCUACAAAUCCGCCAACAAACUCGCCGGCAAGAAAGCCCUGAUCACAGGCGGCGACUCCGGCAUCGGACGUGCCUCUGCCGUCCUGUUCGCCAUGGAAGGCGCCGACUCCUUCAUCGUGUAUCUCCCGGAAGAAGAGAAGGACGCUCAGCAGACGAAGAAGGAAGUCGAGGAACACGGACGGAAGUGCUACCUCCACGCGGCGGACUUGACGAAGAAGGAGAACUGCGUGAAAGCGGUGGAGGAGGCGGUCAAGCAGCUUGGAGGAUUGGAUGUCUUGUUCAAUAACCAUGCGUAUCAGAUGGUGCAGGAGAAUAUCCUCAGUCUGCCGGAUGAGCAGUGGUUGAAGACUUUCGACACGAACAUUCAUCCCUUCUUCUACCUCUCCAAAGCCGCUCUGCCUCAUCUCCUCAAGAACUCUGGCGGCGGCACGGUCAUCAACAACGCUUCGAUCAACGCUUACAUCGGUCGCCCGGAUUUGCUCGACUACACUUCCACAAAGGGUGCGAUUGUCUCAUUCACCCGCGGCCUCUCGAACCAAUUCGUCGACCAAAAGAUCCGCGUCAACGCCGUCGCUCCCGGACCCGUCUGGACUCCCUUGAUCGCCGCGACGAUGGGUGAGGAACAGCAGAAGAGCUUCACGAGCCCGAUGGGACGACCGGGACAGCCCAGUGAGAUUGCCAGCUGUGUGGUGUUCUUGGCGAGCAGUGAUAGCAGUAUGUUGAGUGGGCAGGUGAUUCACUGUAAGUCAUCCAUCGGACAGCACCAAAAACGCACUUUUACUGACCCCACUGUAGGCAACGGAGGCACCAUCGUCAACGGUUAGAGGGUGGUUGGGCAUUGAGACGAGCAAUAACGAUACUCAACGUAGACACGAAGCACGAUCCCAUGGUUUCGACAUAUUUCUUCGCGUGAUGAGUGUCAUGAUCACAGUUCAGACGAUGUCUUUGAUCUUCAGUCUGCCACGCUCCCCGUCC